AUAGUUUAAUAGUAGCACGGUCCCCAUACGGCUGUAAUCAGUGAAUUAGAAAAAACCCAGCAGCGAUAUUUAUUAUUUUUUUACGGGCCAAAAAAUAACUAACAGCUAACUUUUCCCCCCUUACGUUCUGUGAAGCCGGCAAUGAAUUACGAAUUUGAACGAGAAAUUGGUUUUAUCAAUAGUCAGCCGUCGCUUGCUGAGUGCCUGACAUCUUUUCCCCCUGUCGGUGAUACAUUUCAAAGUUCAUCAAUCAAGAACUCGACGCUUUCACACUCGACAGUGAUUCCUCCUCCUUUUGAGCAAACCAUCCCUAGCCUGAAUCCCAGCAGUCACCCUCGCCAAAGCCGGCCAAAACAGAGCCCAAAUGGCACAAGCCCUUUACCAGCCGCGACUCUACCUCCGGAAUACCCCUGGAUGAAAGAGAAAAAAAACUCCAAGAAAAAUCACCUACCUGCUUCUUCUGCAGCUGCAGCCUCCUGUCUUUCCCAGAAAGAAACCCAUGAUAUUCCGGACAAUACAGGUGGAGGAUCGCGGAGGUUAAGGACAGCUUAUACUAACACACAGCUUCUGGAGCUGGAAAAAGAAUUUCACUUCAACAAGUAUCUGUGCAGACCCAGGCGGGUGGAGAUUGCAGCUUUGCUGGACUUGACUGAAAGACAAGUGAAAGUGUGGUUUCAGAACCGGCGAAUGAAGCACAAAAGACAGACCCAGUGUAAAGAAAAUCAGAAUAGCGACGGCAAAUUUAAGAGUCUGGAGGACAGUGGUCAGACUGAAGACGACGAAGAGAAGUCACUCUUUGAGCAAGCCCUCAACAACGUUUCAGGCGCUCUCUUGGACAGGGAAGGCUACACUUUUCAAACUAAUGCACUGACUCAACAGCAGGCCCAACAUUUACACAAUGGAGAAUCCCAAAGUUUCCCAGUUUCUCCUUUACCGAGCAAUGAGAAAAAUCUAAAACAUUUUCACCAGCAGUCACCCACUGUUCAAAACUGCCUGUCAACAAUGGCCCAGAACUGUGCAGCUGGCUUAAACAAUGACAGUCCAGAGGCCCUCGAUGUCCCUUCUUUACAGGAUUUUAACGUCUUUUCUACAGAAUCCUGUUUACAGCUUUCAGAUGGAGUAUCUCCUAGUUUACCGGGGUCUCUCGAUAGCCCUGUGGAUCUUUCCGCUGACAGUUUUGACUUUUUUACGGAUACUCUAACCACAAUCGAUUUGCAGCAUUUGAACUACUAGCUGAAAAGUCGCUGUGAUAGGAAUAUAUGCCUUCUUUUAAAUUCGAUUUCUUUCGAUUUCUUUCAAAUGGUCAGUAUUUUUUUUUAUUUUUCUUUAAUUAAUUCGAACGUGUUUGAGCUCUAACUGUAGCUGCAAAAGUUUGGACUAAUUUCCCGUGUUUCCAACUCUCCCAUCGAGUCCUAUCGGGACUUUCAUAAAACCGAUUGCAUAGAAAUCCAACAAUUCCCACUUUCUCUUCUUUACUUUUGUAUUCUUUAGGGCUCAUUGUCAUAAAUAAUUUGAUAGAGCAAAGUAUUAUACGCUACAGGUAGUUUCCUGAAGCAUUUUCUCUCUCAGGACUAUUUUUCACUUAAUAAAUAUCCUUUCAUUUCAUUUGACAUCAAUUCAUUAAUAAAAAGGAACAGUCUGGUGAGUCUCGUUCUUUUUUUCCCCAUAAUAGAAUUUAUUGAAGAAAAAAAGAUGAAUUUCAGAUUCGUUAUUGUACAACUUUACAAGGACAAUAAACCUGGUUGGAAAAACUUUGAUCGAACCUGUUUGUAUUACAAAAAAAGAGCGCACAAGGGAAAUCUUUUAAUAGAAAAUUAAUCAAAUUAUCUCUCAAAUUAAACGAAGUACACGAUGAUUCAUUUUUAAUAUUAGCACCGUCAGAAUGCGAAAAUAAAGAGCAGGGAAUGAAAUAUUACAUUAAUGCAGUAAUUGAAAACACUUGGGAAAAAAUCUUCUCAAUUUUACACCGAUGACGACUCGGCAAAUCUACAGGAAAGAAAAAAAAGUUCAGUGUUGUUCAAUUCAUGUGCGCUUGCUGCUGAACAAACUCUUUUAUUUAUUGAUGUCAGUAGCUAAUCUUUAAUGGUGUUACCUCUGAUUCCUUAUCUCGCUUACUGCCAGUCAUCAUCAGCAAUACAGAUACCCAUAAGUUUCCACUGCGUUAAUCGCCGACCAACCUGCUAUAUAUUCAAACCGAAACUCGUCUGGUCUAAAACUCCUGCGUUACGACCGUUAACAACCAACAAGUCAGAUCCUCUAAAUUUAAUUUCGAUAAUUGAUUUUAUUCAGUCUGAACGAAAACACGAGUAACUUCCUUUCCCUUUUUUUAAAAAAAAACUGAGCAACGGCGCUGGCUUUCAGACCUGUCGGGGUAGCUCUUUCACACGAAAAAAGUAUGUUCAGCACAAAUGUUUAAUGGGGUCACAAUUUCGUUUUUGAAAUCGACUUCUAAAAUAUGAUCUGAAAUCUUGGCUCGUAUUUUAUAAAAACACCACGCAUAUUCUGGCUUAUUAUCAUGUUUGCAUUUGUAUAAAUAAAACAACAGAUGUAGGAAUUCGUCCCCAUUGUGCACAUGGUUGUUGAGGCAUAAGUCGUAUUUUAACUCUCCUUCAGAAACCCCAGGACUGGGUGUGAGUCUCACACAGGCUUGUAAUUUUAGCCGCGGUUUCACGGUAUGUUUUUGUUGCUGACUGGAACACGUUGACUGCUGCGUAAGCAGUGACAGGAACGGCUCUUGAGGUAAUUCUUCCCAAACUCAUAAAUCAAACUGUUUUAUGAAUGAGAAUGCCAUCAAAGGGAUCAAUCGCAGCAACACGCACACACACACACGCACACACACACAAAAAUCAUCUUACGUAUUCGCCUGGACUAGGGAACCCCUGUCAGCCUCUAACUUAGUAGGCGCUGAAUCGUAAUUCAUUUUUACUGCUUAUUUUCAAAGAACAUUGGGGGGUUAUGUUGCUACUGUUGGCAGUCACUUCGAAUCGUAAGUUACUGUUCAAAGAUUUAUAAUCGCACUGCUGCAAUCGUACUGCUGUUUCUGGAA